GUAAUUGCCUAUAUGCCUAAACUGAACACGUAGUCAGACCAUCAAGGAGAAAAGCACCCUUGACUUUUGCACAGAAAAAUCUCAUGUCACACUGUCCUUCCACAAUGUAAUAAGAAAGAAAAAAAUAGAUAACACUAGGACACCAGAUGGUUUUGAACAAUGCAUAGUCAUCUUGAAUUAAGGGGUUUAUAUUAUAAGCUUUGUCUAACCAAAGCAGUCAAGACAGUCCAGCGCUCAAUUACAGUCCAGAAUAUAUCUACAGUACAGAGUGUGUGUAGCCAUUUCCUUUUACGAGCAAAACCGCAUGAGACAAACCAGUGUUUCUCAACCUCAGCAACUUUAAGAUGUACAGAGUCCGAUAUUUAGAAUUCCCUUGCUAGCAUGCUGGGAUUUGAAGUCCACACAUCUUACAGUGGCUGACGUUGAGGAACACCGAGCUAAGCGCGUGAAGAAAAGAGCCUUGUCCUCAGGACUAAAAACUCCUUCUACGCGCGUAAGUGGGAAACACCCCAACUACAUUUCCCGACCUGCAGCGCAGCGGUGGGACGGGAUAAGUAGCUCUGAAAGGCACCGGGCGGAAGACGGAAGCUUAAGGAAUAUCUGAAUGUUCUGUCUGCUGGGAGCUGUAGUCUUGCGAAGCUAGAGGAGGUUGUUUGGAACCGAUAUUGGAACUGGCGAAACUCGGGAGUGCCUGGACCAGGAGGGAUGGAUAAAUUAAAGCGAGUUCUCAGUGGGCAGGACGCGGAGGACCCGGGACCUCUGGCAGAGAUAGCUGAUGCAACUACCUUAAGCUGGAGUACCAGACUGAAAGCUUUCAUAGCUUGUUUUAUAAUAGGAUUUCUGUGUUCUUUUCUGGGUUCAUGUCUACUAUGGGUUCCUAAGAAAGGAGUUAUCUUGUUUGGAGUAUUUUACACCCUGGGGAAUAUCUCCUCCCUUGGAAGUACUGUCUUUCUUAUGGGACCAGUGAAACAAUUAAAAAGAAUGUUUGAACCCACUCGUUUGAUAGCUACAAUUCUUAUGCUUUUAUGCCUCAUAUUAACUCUGUGUGCAGCUUUCUGGUGGCAUAAUAAGGGGCUUACUCUCCUCUUUUGCAUUUUACAAUUCUUUGCCUUGGCAUGGUACAGCAUUUCUUACAUACCAUUUGCAAGGGAUGCUGUGAAAAAAUGUUUUGCUGCAUGCCUCACAUAACAGGUAAACAAACAACCUAACGACUUCCAGAAAAUACAGCAACUGGCUAAGUUGGCUAUCUUCUUACACUGACGACCACAACACCUGCACAACCAAAUGAUUCUUGAAACAGCACACACCUGCCUAAGAACAAAGCAUUAAGGUGUUAAGUUAACAUGUGACUCAGAAGACAAAGCUACCAUAUAUUCUCCUGAAAAUAACACAUUUUAUGAAAAUUUCAGCAUAAAUUAUGUCUUGUGUUCAGUUGCAAAACUAAUAAUGUAUGCCACAAAAAAUAUUUUUUUCAGAUGAUUUUAUUUUGGAAGUAAAAUGAAUAUUCUAGUAAUUGUGGAAGGGGUGGGAUGUCAUUUUACUUCUUUCUAUCAACAGGUUUCUAUCAAAAAGUCUAUAGGACAGUGUAUAGUGAAUUUUUUUCCAUAAUAUUCUACUUACUAUCAAAAGAUCAUUUCUAAAUGUCUCUUUAUGUUCUAAAAAUCAUGAUUUCAAAUUGUACGAGAGAAGUUUCUGGAAUUAAUUUGUUGUCUAACAGGAUAGUAAAUAUAAUUCCUUUCUUUAAAUUACAUGAAUUAGUGUCUGAUAAGCAAGAGAAUCAGUAACUGGAGAAAAGUAGGAGUCAUAAAAAUAGAUAAGAUGAUUCUCUAAGCAUUUCUAUUUAUGGACUUUUACACAUGUGGCCUUGAAAUGAAAUAAAAUCUAGACUUCUGCCUUUAUUGGUAACUUAUAUUCUGAAAAAAAUCUCCAUGAUGCCACUGCAGUGCCUCUCUCAUUUUUAUUUUCAUGUUGGUCAGAUAUGAUUUGUAUAAUUCAAAAGUGUACCAUAAUCUAACGGGGGAGACAAACAUCUCAGCUUUUGAGUGCCUUUUUUUUCUCAUCCUAUAUUUUCUUUCAAUAUUUUAUGUUUGGGUGUUUAAUCAUAUUAUGUUUCAUGCUUUGAUUUCCCAAGAUGAUAGUAUCCUGGGAUUAUUUAAAUUGAUGGAUGCUAGCAUAUUGGCAAUUUUUGCUGCACUUUUUGCUGCAUCUUUUUUUCUCCUUUUUGCAUUGGCAUAUUCCUUGGUUAUUUUUCAUAAGAAGUAAAAUUAGUGUGUGUACAUGUUAAGAAUUAUUUGAGAGUUUUUGCAGUUGGUUAUCUUGCUGCUGUGUUAUGCUUAUUCAAAAAAAAAAAAAAUCCAAUAAUUUUGUCUUUGGUGGAAUUCAUGAACUGUAAGCAUUUAUUGCCAAAAGAAAAAUGAUUUACUAUCUAUGUUCAUUAUACUGCCUGUUCUGCUCUCUUUCGUCUUUUGAAAGAGACUAAUACAGGAUAUCAGAGCACAGAAAUUUACCAGUGAGAAGUAGCCACAUUUAACUCUGAUUUUGUACACAAUGGAACCAAUGUUUGUAUCUGACUAGUUUAGCAUAGCUUCUUUGAUAAAUAUUGUUGGUUGUUUUACUCCAGAGAUCUUGGAAAGUUAAUUGUAUUGCACUGCUUACCAAGCAAACAUAUUUAUAGAUUUGUAAGCUUGAUAUUUGUGAAAUAAUUCACUUUUAUUAUAACUCUCAUUAUGAAUGAAGCACAAAAUUGUAUACACUGAUUGUAAAUGAAUACAGGUCAGACAACUCUAAGUAAUGUAUUAAAAUUAGGUCUGCAAGACCUCGGUUUUAAGAAAUGAACAGAUAUGAUUCUUCCCUACAUCUACUUUUUGAAGGAGCAUUUAAAAUUAUUACUGCUUACAAUAUAAAACUGCCCAGAACUGUACAUUAUAAAUUUUGAAUAUAUUCUAUAGAUAUUUAACUAUAUAUAUUUUAUAGGUUUUUAUAGUGAAGCAAUGUGUAGUUCUUAGUGAUAGUGGUAAUUGCAGACUCUCUCUCAUAGUAGAUUGUUGUGGCACAAGAAGGCUCCUGAAAUACAAAAGUCAGAAUUUAACUUGAUGGUGUCUCUUCCUAAUGCAUUUCUGAAGCAUUGAAAAAGAUUGGGGACAACAGUCUAAAAGAUACAAAUCUCUUACUUGUUUCAGGGGUAAAUUGUGAUGAAUGAUUUAACUAUAAACUUCAUACAUUCUGCCUUGGUUUUAAGAUCAUUUGAAUAUGAAGUGCUGAGAAAUUAUUGUAUAAACUUAAAAGGAUUUGGUGAAGCUUCCUUGAUUCCCCCCCUUGCGCCCCGCCCUCCUGGGAUUUCUUAAUUAUGUGACUUCUUUCUUUUGGAUACCAGCUGGAAUCAUCUUACCCAUUUUCCUUGUUAACUUCUUCAGAGAAUUGAGUUAACAUAACAUGCAUUGUUGCUACUGAUGUGCAAUGCAUCUUACAUCUAUUUCUUGUAGAAUAACAGAAGGGUAGUAAUAGAAAUGCUGGAAGAUGCAGACAUCCACAUUAAGAAAUUUAUAACUUUAUGCCAACUACUGGAUUGAAUCCCACUGUGUCAUACAGCUAUUAGUUCCUGCCUUUAUAUCUUGCUGCUUCGUGUUAGCCUUCUCCAACUUGAUGGUCUCCAAGUUGAAAUGAAAUCCCCUAACUUCCUAAUUAGCAUGAAGUCCUCAUGGAAUCGUCAAAUUGGGAAACAGUGCUUAAGAAUGGUAGCAAAUGAGAAACCCAGCUUUUUAAAUCUUUGAAGAAAUAACCUUUUGUACAAUAUGUCUGUCUGAAGUAGGAGAAACUAAAAUAAUUCUCACAAAUUCCAGUUGCAAUUAUGUCCUUGCUUACAGAAUGUGAACCUGCUAGGUCAACAGUAACAUCUUGCCUUUUAAGACAAACAAAUGUUCUGUCUUGUCUGACUCUUAAAACUAUUACAGUACAUAUCCAACACUAAUUGAAUCUGUAAAUUCAAUUUGAGUAAUCUCCAAUUUUUGACCUUGCUGAAUUCUUGUUAGGGAUAUUUUUACAUGUGUUUUAAUAUAAUAUUAUUAAAGGUAUUGAAUGUCUUGUAAGAAAUCAUCCCUGAGUUAUUGCUUUUCCCUGCUAAAAAUAUGUAUCAAGGAAGCUGUCUUGAUAUGGUUAUAUGGCCUUUCAAUAACUUUCUCUCUGAGCCAAUGUUCAGCCUUUAUGUUCUAGCAAAUAUAGAUAUGUAUAAAUAUGUGAUUUUUCCCACCCCCUCAUAUUGUCAGUUUGUUAAAUCACUUAUCUUUGUGCAUUAUUUCUGUACUCUUAUGAUAAACUCUUCCUUAAUUGCAGAGAAUUGCUAUUGCAUUUUCUAAAGUAUUUCCACUGCUAAAUAUAAAUAAUGUGAACUGUUUGAGUUAUAUAUUUAUUUGAGGGGGCAUGGGAAAUGAAGUGCCUACCUCUAUAGUUUGACCCAGUCAUGUUAGCAGGGAUUUCCAUAAUAGAGUUGUGCAAAGUGUUCAAAAGAGUUACUUUUGAAGAGUGCACAGAGUGCAAAUGAAUCACCCCUCUUCAAACUGUUAAACCGAUUUGUGCAAAGCUUAAAACCCUAUUUGGCUUGAAGCAGUCAUACAAGGCUUAUUAAAGAUACAGCUACUUUAAUAAGCCAAAGACCGGUUCUUUGUGUAACAGCAGAAAAAACACAACUCUGUUGAAUGUUUUGCACAACCCUUGUAAUAAGCUAUUGAUUUUUUUUUGUUUGAAAAAACAUUCCAUUUUUGUACACUGGCUUUUGUAACCUUUUCUCUGUGCUGGAAAUUUUGUUUGCCUUAAAAGAAAAUAUCUUUUGAAAGGAACUCUUUUUCAGUACUAUAUCUCCUUUAAUAAAAGUGUUUCCACAA